GGAGAAGUGACACUCGCGCAGCUAUGGACAUGGAUACCGACCGUUCGGAUCCGUUCAUGAAAUACCUGGCCGUCGAUCGCAACCAGCUCAACGAUCAGCCCACACAAGCGGAAUGGACUCAGAAACGUCUGGUGUGGGUGCCCCACGAGACCCAGGGCUUCGUGUCCGCGGGUAUCAAGGGCGAGCGAGGCGACGAGGUUGAGGUGGAGAUCGCCGAAACCGGCAAGCGUACACUUGUUGACAAGGACAUGAUUCAAAAAAUGAAUCCACCCAAGUUUGACAAGAGUGAAGAUAUGGCUGAGUUAACGUGUCUGAAUGAAGCCUGUGUACUUCACAAUAUCAAAGACCGUUACUAUUCUGGGUUGAUAUACACGUAUUCGGGUCUCUUUUGUGUAGUAGUGAAUCCGUACAAAAGAUUACCCAUUUACACAGAAAACAUAAUGGAACGUUACAAAGGCAAUAAACGGCAUGAAGUACCACCUCACGUAUUUGCAGUCACCGAUACUGCAUACAGAUCGAUGUUACAAGAUCGCGAAGAUCAGUCAAUAUUAUGUACUGGAGAAUCAGGUGCUGGAAAAACAGAAAACACGAAAAAAGUAAUCCAAUACCUAGCUUACGUAGCAGCAUCCAAACCCAAGGGAGUGAUUCAACACGCUUCGCCUGGCCCAGCUUUAGUUGUUGGUGAACUUGAACAACAACUAUUACAAGCAAAUCCCAUUUUAGAGGCAUUUGGUAAUGCCAAAACUGUAAAAAAUGACAAUUCUUCCAGAUUUGGUAAAUUUAUUCGUAUAAAUUUUGAUGCGUCUGGUUUUAUUGCUGGUGCUAACAUUGAAACAUACUUAUUGGAAAAAUCAAGAGCUAUACGUCAAGCUAAAGAUGAACGUACAUUCCACAUUUUCUACCAGCUUGUUUGUGGUGCAUCGUCUGAACAAAAGAAGGAGUUUAUUCUUGAAGAUCCCAAAACUUAUAGUUUCCUUACAAAUGGAAAUCUCCCUGUUCCUGGUGUAGAUGAUGCUGCUGAGUUUAAAGAAACAGUAAAUGCUAUGAAUAUCAUGGGAAUGACUACUGAAGAUUAUUCUGCUAUCUUCCGAAUUGUAAGUGCUGUUAUGUUGUUUGGUAAUAUGCAAUUUAAACAAGAACGUAAUAGUGAUCAAGCAACAUUACCUGAUAAUACAGUUGCACAAAAAGUAGCUCAUCUUUUGGGUUUAUCAAUUACUGAAAUGACCAAAGCCUUCCUUCGACCUCGUAUCAAAGUAGGCAGAGAUUAUGUGUCUAAAGCUCAGACAAAAGAACAAGUAGAAUUUGCAGUGGAAGCUAUUUCAAAAGCAUGUUAUGAACGUAUGUUCCGUUGGCUUGUUAACCGUAUUAAUCGUUCUUUGGAUCGAUCUAAAAGACAAGGAGCUUCAUUUAUCGGCAUCUUAGAUAUGGCUGGAUUUGAAAUAUUUGAAUUGAAUUCAUUUGAACAAUUGUGCAUUAAUUAUACAAAUGAGAAGCUGCAGCAACUUUUCAAUCAUACCAUGUUUAUUUUAGAACAAGAAGAAUAUCAAAGGGAAGGUAUUGAAUGGAAAUUCAUUGAUUUUGGUUUGGAUUUACAACCUACUAUUGAUCUUAUUGAUAAACCUAUGGGUGUUAUGGCUUUAUUGGAUGAAGAAUGUUGGUUCCCAAAAGCUACUGAUAAAUCAUUUGUAGAAAAAUUAAUGUCUGCUCAAAGUGUACAUCCAAAAUUCCAUAAAACUGACUUUAGAGGUGUUGCUGACUUUUCUAUAAUCCAUUAUGCUGGAAAAGUUGAUUAUUCUGCUCAUAAGUGGUUAAUGAAGAACAUGGACCCAUUGAAUGAAAACAUUGUUCAACUUCUUCAAACAUCUCAAGAUCCAUUUGUUGCACACAUUUGGAAGGAUGCUGAAAUUGUUGGUAUAGCACAUCAAGCUCUUACAGAUACACAAUUUGGAGCACGGACAAGAAAAGGAAUGUUCCGUACAGUAUCACAAUUAUAUAAAGAACAAUUAAAUAAGUUGAUGAUAACUUUGAGAAAUACAAAUCCUAAUUUUGUGAGGUGUAUUAUCCCUAAUCAUGAAAAAAGAGCUGGUAAAAUUGAAGCUCAACUUGUGCUGGAUCAGUUACGUUGCAAUGGAGUGUUAGAAGGAAUAAGAAUUUGUAGACAAGGUUUUCCCAAUCGAAUUCCAUUCCAGGAGUUCAGACAACGGUAUGAAUUGCUUACAUCUAAUGCUAUACCCAAAGGUUUCAUGGAUGGCAAAAAGGCUUGUGAAAAAAUGAUUAAAGCUCUUGAACUCGAUACAAAUCUCUAUCGUGUUGGUCAAUCAAAAAUAUUCUUCAGAGCUGGUGUACUUGCUCAUUUAGAAGAAGAACGAGACUUUAAAAUUUCUGAUCUUAUUGUGAAUUUCCAAGCUUUCUGCAGAGGAUAUUUAGCUAGAAGAAAUUAUCAAAAACGUUUACAACAGUUAAAUGCCAUUCGUAUUAUUCAGCGAAAUUGCUCAGCAUACUUAAAACUGAGAAACUGGCAAUGGUGGAGAUUAUACACCAAAGUUAAGCCAUUAUUAGAAGUUACUAAACAAGAAGAAGUAUUAUCCAUUAAAGAAGAAGAAUUAAAGGUAGUCAAGGAAAAAUUAGAAUCUCAACAGCGUGGGGUUGUUGAACUAGAAAAAAAAUAUCAAACAGCAGUAGACGAGAAAAACGCUUUGGCUGAACAACUGCAAGCAGAAGUUGAAUUAUGUGCUGAAGCUGAAGAAAUGAGAGCUAGACUUGCUGCAAGGAAAUUAGAACUAGAAGAAAUACUUCACGAUUUGGAAGCAAGAAUUGAAGAAGAAGAAGAACGAUCUAGUUCCUUAGCUCAAGAGAAGAAAAAAUUACAAAUAAAUAUUAAUGAUUUGGAAGAACAAUUAGAAGAAGAAGAAGGUGCGAGACAGAAACUCCAAUUAGAACGUGUACAGACAGAUGCCAAACUCAAAAAGUUAGAAGAAGAUCUUGCACUUGCUGAAGAUACUAAUAUAAAACUAGUAAAAGAAAAAAAGGUUUUAGAAGAAAGAGCUUCAGAUUUGGCACAAACAUUAGCCGAAGAAGAAGAAAAAGCUAAGCAUUUAGCUAAAUUAAAAGCAAAACAUGAGACAACUAUAUCUGAAUUAGAAGAACGCUUAUUAAAAGAUAAUCAACAAAGACAAGAGAUGGAUCGUACUAAGCGUAAAGUUGAGACUGAGGUUAAUGAUUUGAAAGAACAACUGAAUGAAAAGAAAGCUCAAGUAGAAGAUUUACAAUUGCAACUUGGUAAACGAGAAGAAGAAUUAACUCAGGCAUUUAUGAGAAUUGAUGAAGAAGCAGCUAGCAAAGCUCAAUCUCAGAAGGCUCUUAGAGAACUAGAAUCACAACUUGGUGAACUUCAAGAAGACCUUGAAGCUGAACGUACUGCAAGAAGUAAGGCUGAGAAACAAAAACGUGACCUUAAUGAAGAACUUGAAGCUUUAAAACAUGAACUUUUGGAUUCUUUGGACAUAACAGCAGCUCAGCACGAACUGAGAGCUAAACGAGAACAGGAGUUGGCAACCUUAAAAAAAUCAUUAGAAGAAGAUACACAAUCACAUGAAAUCACUAUUACCGAAAUGCGACACAAACACAGCCAAGAAAUUUCCGUUAUAAAUGAACAGAUAGAAUCUUUGAAAAAAUCAAAAAGUCAAUUGGAAAAAUCUAAACAAACUCUUGAAGCUGAAAAUGCUGAUCUUGCGGCUGACCUCAAAGCUUCUGCAUCUUCUAAAUCUGAAUUGGAAAGAAAGCGUAAAAUUGUUGAAUCUCAACUUAGUGAGGCACUUAGUAAACUAGCUGAAUCAGAACGAUCGAAAAAUGAAUUACUUGAUAGAUUUUCCAAACUGAGCAAUGAAUCUGAAUCCAUUGUAAAUCAAUUGGAAGCAGCUGAACUUAAAGCUUCUGCUGCAGAAAAAGCAGCUGGUACAAUGGAAACUCAAUUACAAGAAACACAGACACUUCUCGAAGAAGAAACUAAAUUGAAAUUAUCAUUGAAUUCAAAACUGAAGCAAAUUGAAAGUGAAAAAGAACUUUUACAAGAACAAUUGGAAGAGGAAGAAGAGUCAAAAAAGAAUAUGGAAAAACAAAUUGUUGCUCUUAACUUGCAAAUCACUGAAAGCAGGAAAAAGAUGGAAGAGGAAGCUGAGCAAUCUGCAGCUAUGGAAGCUUCUUAUAAAAAGAUGAUUAAGGAUGUGGAAUUAUUACAACGACAAAUUGAAGAAUUACAAGCUAUCAAUGAUAAAUUAGAAAAAUCUAAAAAGAAACUUCAAUCAGAAUUAGAUGAUAUUAAUAUUGAUUUAGAAGCCCAAAGAUCCAAGGUUAUUGAACUUGAGAAAAAACAAAGAAUAUUUGACAAAACUCUUGCUGAGGAAAAGGCCGUUUCAGAACAAAUGGCAAUUGAACGUGAUACUGCUGAACGGGAAGCUAGAGAAAAGGAAACACGUGUACUUUCUUUGACAAGAGAACUUGACGAGCUGAUGGUUAAAGUUGAAGAAUUGGAAAGAGGAAAGAGAACUCUACAAAAUGAAUUGGAUGAGCUUAUCAACAAUCAAGGAACAGCUGAUAAAAAUGUUCAUGAAUUAGAAAAAGCUAAACGAAUAUUAGAAUCGCAAUUGGCUGAGAUACGUAUACAGAAUGAAGAUUUGGAAGAUGAACUUCAAAUAACUGAAGAUGCUAAAUUAAGACUUGAAGUGAAUAUGCAAGCAUUAAGAGCUCAGUUUGAACGAGAUCUUGUUGCUAAAGAAGAGCAGAGUGAAGAAAAACGUAGAGGACUUCUGAAACAAAUCCGUGACAUUGAGGCCGAACUAGAAGAUGAACGUAAACAGAGGUCUUCUGCAAUGGCGGGUCGCAAGAAGAUUGAAGCUGAUUACAAAGAUUUAGAACAGCAGUUAGAUAUGCAUAAUAAAUUAAAGGAAGAUGCUUUGAAACAACUGAAAAAAUUACAAGUGCAAUUGAAGGAUGCGACACGUGAUGCUGAAGAGGCAAGAACUUCUCGUGAUGAGCUAUCAGCCACAGCCAAAGAAACUGAGCGGAAAUUAAAAUCAGUUGAGGCUGAAUUUUUGUUAUUGACGGAAGAAUUAUCAGCAUCUGAAAGAGCUAGACGAGUUGCAGAAAGUGAAAGAGACGAUUUACUCGAAGAAAUGAAUAGCAAUUCUAACAAGGGCAGUACAUUAAUGGUUGAUGAAAAACGCCGAUUAGAAGCAAGAAUAGCUACUUUGGAAGAAGAAUUAGAGGAGGAACAAACCAAUUCAGAAACAUUGAAUGAACGUAGUAGAAAGGCAAUGAUACAAAUUGAGCAAUUAAAUUCUGAUUUGGCAAAUGAACGAUCAACAACACAAAAAUUGGAAACAAACAGAAUGUUGUUAGAUAGACAAAAUAAAGAACUGAAAGCCAAAUUAGCAGAAAUUGAAACUAAUCAACGAGUUAAAACCAAAACUGCUAUUUCUAACCUUGAGUCUAAGAUUGUCAACUUAGAAGGGCAAUUGGAAUCUGAAGCUAAGGAAAGACAAUCACAACAAAAAAUUAACCGUAAGCUUGAGAAGAAGAUGAAAGAAAUUGUGAUGCAGUUAGAAGAUGAAAGAAGAACUGUUGACCAAUAUAAGGAACAAGUAGAAAAGAGCAAUGCUAGAGUAAAAACACUUAAAAGGCAAAUUGAAGAAGCUGAAGAAGAAAUUAGCCGAGAAAAACACCAGAAACGUAAAAUUCAACGUGAUCUUGAUGAACUUUUGGAAUCUAAUGAAUCUAUAUCCCGGGAAAACAAUAAUCUGAGAAGCAAGCUCAGACGAACCGGAGUUACUACUUCUAGAAUGGGUACUGCUGGUAGUAAACGAGGCUCAACUAUUGACGAUUUAUCAACAGUCCAUGGAAGUUCUCUCGAUGAUUCUUUGGAAUCAAACAAUGGAUCAAAUGAUACAAAUUCACUAGGUACCGAAGACAUGUGGUCUCGCUAAAUUUUGAAGAUAAUUACUUUUCAAUUCAAAAAAUUAAUAAAUAAUGGUCCAUGACAAACAAAACACAAUUCUAAGGAGUUGUGAUGUAUGGCUCAAAAAGAAACCGAAUUUUUAUUAUUUUAAUUUUAACUUGAAAUUUUUUUUUCCAAGAAGACCCUCAAUCAUUAUUAUAUUAUAUCCAUUAGUGUAUAUUAUAAAAAUUUGAUCUGGUACCACGGAAAUCUUAAUAAUUGCACUGAUUUUACAAAAAAUAUUCUGGAAACAGGAAGUAUUAAAAAAAAAUACCAUUGUUUUUUGUAAUGAAAAGUGGU